GUCCCUAAACACUCCAUCCACCGACUGAACCUCGAAGGAAGUCAACAUGAAGCUUCUUGCAGUCUCUCUUGCCUUCGUUUCAGCUCUAAGCCAAGUUAAGGGCGAUAUGCCAGUUUGGGCGGAUGAAGCAGCAAAUGGAGCACACCAAGAUGCAUUGAAGCAUCUCAAAAACAGUGUUUCGGAUGCUUACGACAUGAUAAAAGUGACCUAUAACAAUGACCCAGUGUGGGGAAAUAACUUCAGAUGUGUAUAUGCUGUAUUUGACAGCUUCGAUGAGGAUGAGAAGAGCGUUGACGCAUGGUUUAUGUUUAUUAAUGAUGCUGAUUCAAAUUACCAAGGUUCUCAAGAAAAGGCAACUACUCUUACAAUGUACGACUACAAUAAAGAUAACGCCAUCUUCUACGUUACGGAACAUGGACUAAAUUUCACAGACGUCCUCGUAUUUUCUGACGAGAAUUGCUAUGUGGUCUACGCUGUUGGCGCAGACGGAACUGAGGGAGGUUACGAACUAUGGGCAAAAGACUCUGACAAUGUUCCAACCAGUUGCCUGGAAAAGUUCAAUGAGUAUGCUGCCGGUCUACCGGUACGGGACGUAUUUACAAGUGAUUGCUUUCCAGACCCAGACGAAUAACUUGGGAGUAUUUUGCAUUGAACAUCAAACUAAGGCACUGCCAACUCAUGUCUAUAUGUUUGAUGUCAUGCGUUCGACUAUAUCUACAACCUAGGUUUCUUGGGUUAGGUAUUUUCUAGUCACUACCGCCACCUGCCAGGAGUACUUCGAAAUAAAUUGUGCAGUUGGUGGAACACAG